UUCUAACCGAGUUCUCUCUCCUCGUCAACAUAUCAAAAUUUCACACUCUCUGUAAUCACCUCAAUUCCCCUUUUGAAACCCUAAUCGCAAGGAUCUCUGAAUCCAAUAAGCAAUUGAAUAACUCCUCGAUCUUCUUGAAAUUUUGCGAUGGCGGAGCACUUGGCGUCAAUUUUCGGAACAGAGAAGGACAGAGUUAACUGCCCAUUCUACUUCAAGAUCGGCGCGUGCAGGCAUGGCGACCGCUGCUCCCGCCUCCACACCAAGCCGAGCAUCAGCCCCACGAUCCUUCUUUCCAACAUGUACCAGCGCCCCGACAUGAUUACUCCUGGCGUCGACGCUCAGGGCCAGCCGAUCGACCCCAAAAAAAUGCAGGAACACUUCGAGGACUUUUAUGAAGAUUUAUUUGAGGAGCUAAACAAAUACGGAGAGAUUGAAAGCUUGAAUGUUUGUGACAAUUUAGCUGAUCAUGUGGUUGGCAAUGUUUAUGUCCAAUUUAGGGAGGAAGAGCAUGCUGCUAAUGCUCUUCAAAACCUGACUGGGCGGUUCUAUGCAGGACGCCCCAUCAUUGUUGAUUUCUCCCCAGUGACUGAUUUUCGUGAAGCCACCUGUAGGCAGUAUGAGGAGGACGCAUGUAACCGUGGUGGCUACUGUAACUUCAUGCAUCUGAAAAGGAUUAACAGGGAGUUGAGGCACCAAUUAUUUGGGAGGCGUAGGAGUAGACACAGCCGUAGCAGGAGCAGGAGUCCCUAUCGGCACCGUAGCUAUGAUGACCGCUCACAUGAGAGUCGGAGUCACAGCAGAAGGUAUGAUGACCACGACCGCCAUGAAAGUCGAAGCAGGAGGCGCAAGAGCACAAGUCCAAGAAGUAGGAGGGGUAGUAGCCCAUGUGGCAGGAGGAAUCGUAGUCCUGUUAGGGAAGGUAGUGAAGAAAGACGUGCUAAAAUUGCACAGUGGAAUAGGGAGAAGGAAGAAACAGAACGUUCUGGCAACAAGGCAAAUGCUGGUGAUGAGGAUCGUAGGGCUAAAAAUGACCACUCUGGCAAUAUAGACAACGGAGGACACAAUGAGCCAACACAGUAGGAUGGAUAUGUGUAUUGACGAUAUUAGCACUGGUUUGUUCUCACUCCCUUUCUACCUCGGUAUUCUUGAUUUUUUCACUGGCAACAGUUAUCAUUACGAAUGACCUGUCUUAAAAUUUAACUUACUGCACAUUUUCCACUUUGCAGGUGGUGUGCAGGUUUUCAAUUCUGUCAUAUGCAACAUGAUAAAUAUAUGUUUCUUAGUACCAUUCAUUAUGUCCAUCGUGCUUUUCUCGCCUUUUUUCUGUUUUUUUUGCUAAAGUAUUGUUUGAGUUUGAUUUCGCAUAUAUAUAGUCUUCAGCCCUAAACCUUUAGAAGGAGCUAUAAUUGCUUUUUGACUUACUUCCUGCCAGUCAACUACAUCAAAGUUGAAUUUGCCUCCUGCAUUCAUCUGUAUGUUUGCACGCAAUCUGUGUGAGGAAGCUAUUGUUCUGUGCUAGCUCUGAUAAUUUUUCUAAAAUGAUCUUAUAAUCCUCUAGCUAUUCUCAAGAUGUUGUGUGCACAGUGCACACGACAUCGAUGUCUUGUAUUUCUCCAAAAAAAGUUAUGCUCUAAUUUUCAUUACCUUUGUUUUGUUGGAUAAAAUAAUAGUGGAUUUAUAUGGUACAGUGCUUUGCAAUUUGCAUCGACAUAGACAUAGUUUAGUGGUUUGUUGAUAUUGUCUAUUGGAAGGUUCUUGAUUUUUAAAGUUGCCUCUCAUGACUUCCUACUAGCGACCUUG